UCAGAUGACGUCAUCAGAGAGCGUCUCGAGCAACUGAUCACCGGAAGCAGCAUGAGGCUGUGGUGUCGGACCGGAGCGACCUUGGUGCUCGGAGCGGGACUGGGAGCCGCAGCGAGCCGCCUGCUGAGCGUCAGAGGCGGGGAAGAGGAGGAGCAGAGACCCGAAGGUCUGCCGGAACUACUGAGCAAAAUCCCGGUGCUGCCGGUACCGAGAGUGGAGGCGUCCGAGCUGACGCAGGUGAGUCCAGGUGGGUCCGGAGCGCUGAUGAAGUAUGGCUUCCCUUCAUUGGCCAACAUCAAGACCAGAGAGUCCUACAUCACCUCCUACGACCCGCGCACACGCACUGCAUCCUGGGUAAUAGAGAGGCUAAACCCCGCCUCCUUGAACGGCCCGUCAGACAGGAAGUACUGCGACUUCAAAGAGGACGACAGCGUGCACGUCUUCCACCGGUCUACUAACGCUGACUACAGGGGGAGUGGCUUCGACAGAGGUCACCUGGCUGCUGCAGCCAAUCACAAGUGGAGCCAGAAAGCCAUGGAGGACACCUUCUACCUGAGCAACGUCGCCCCACAGAACCCUAACCUGAACCAGAAAACGUGGAACAAUCUGGAGAAACUUUGCCGCUCUCUGACCAAACGUCACCUGAACGUCUACGUCUGCACCGGGCCACUCUACCUGCCCAGGCAGGAGGCUGACGGGAAACUUUACGUACGAUAUCAAGUCUUAGGACGAAACCACGUUGCCGUGCCGACGCACUUCUUCAAGGUGUUGAUCCUGGAGCAGGCGGAGGGCAGGGGGGUGGAGCUUCGGUCCUAUGUUUUACCAAAUGAACCAAUCGAUGAGAAGAUUCCUCUGGAGCGUUUCCUGGUUCCCAUAGAAACCAUCGAGAGAGCGGCGGGACUUCAGUUUGUCCCAAACAUCAUGAAGAGGACGAGCAGCCUGCAGGCCAUCACUGCACGAUGACUACACUACCCACAAUGCACUGCACACAGGAGCAGCUGUGGCUCAGCACGACGAAGUGUCCCUGACUCUGAAUGAAUGCUAACAUGUGUUGUAAAGCACUCUGAGUGAUCACAAAGAUUGGAACAGCACUUUAUAAAUGCAGUCCAUUAAUAUUUACAUUAUUAAUAAUUGAUGCUCGACUCGUCAUGUGAUCUGUGAAAACUGAAAUGUUUCUUAUAUCUAAACCUGCUUUCAUGUUAACUGUACAUUAACAUAUUGAUUCAUAAAUACAAUAAUUACAUUUG